AUGACUCCCACUCUCGACUACAAUGGGUUCCCCAACAUCAUCGACAUCAUCAUCGGCUUUGCUCCUCACAAAGCCCUCCUCGCCUUGCGCGCAACGUGUCGUGACAUCAAGAACAAAGUCGAUCCCAUCCUCCAUCGCCACAUCCGGCUGGGUCGCCGCCAAGACGACCACUCUCAGUGGCGAGUCUGGGGUACCGCGAUUUGGCUCGAUGACGACACGUUGAACACCAACGCCCGCAUCCUCGAUAUGCAAGAGGCCGACUUUUUCAAGGACGACGCCAUUGUCGAUGACAUCAACGAUGGCAGGUUUGGCAAUACACACCUUGUCCGUGUCCUUCCCAUCCCAGAACACGAGCUCGGGGAUAAGGAGGACGGCACGGUUGAUAUCGAUCUCAAGGUGCCCAACUCGGCAGUCGUGGCCUUUAUUGAGUGCCAUCGAAGCCUCCCACCCGUCAUCCGAUUUUGGGGCGACAUGGAUAUGGUGGUGGUUGCCCUCAUGUACCAUCCCAACUGGUUUGAUGGUCCGUUUGGCCACUCGUGCUUUAUUCCGGACUUUAAUGAAGCCGACUAUGAUAAGGAUGUCUACCUCCUACUCGUUCCUGAUGGCGAGCCUUGGAGCCAUGGCGACCCAGCUAAGGCUGAGGUUGCGGGGAUCCUCACCAAGCUGUUGCUCGAGGUUGUCGAUAAACUCCAUUACCACAUUAAGGAGAAUCAGCGCAUCACGUUCGUUGGCGCUGAAUCGUGGGACCACCGUUGGCUUGACCGGCGCAUCAAGCUUUUGGGCUGGGACAGCGACAGCGACAACGACAGCGACUGGGGUAGCGGCAGCAACGGCGAUGCUGGGUUGCAAAGCAUGACCCUCAAGGAGAUGUGCGAGCCAGGCGCCAGCGUCGCGGACCGGUUCCAAUGGUGGAUCAACAAGGUAGCAAACAUUCACCUUUUGGGGGAUGAACACGAGGGUGAAGACUUGUCCAUGCGUGUUUCUUUCAUGACAAUGAAGGAAUUCAAGGCCAAGCUCGGCAACGAGGUCGCCGAACUCAUCAUCUCGCCAUACAAGAGUCGCGACUAG